GUAUCGACAAGAAGAAAUUGGUAAUAAGCCAUAUAUGUAUAUAUAUAUGUGUGUAUAUACACACACACACACACAUAUAUCUGUCGGCACUUGUCGUUGCUGUUGUUUACAAUGCAUUGCCAUUGUCGCCGCCAUUGCCGUUCCGCCGUCGUCUCACCGUCGGCCCGCUGUUACGACCGUCGAACUUGCACAAAGUGCGCGCCGCCUCGGGAGCAGUGCGAUGUUGCCGUUCGGUAUUCCGUACCGAAUAGCCGCGUGGGCGCGCGCGCGCGCAACCGCAACCGCAAUCAAGCGAGCGAGCGAGACCGCACGAUCCUCGGGCUCAUCGUCAAAGAUACGCGAGUAUAUAAGCGUAUCGUCCGGCCUAAUCGGUGCCUGGACGAAACGUUCUUGUUUCUCGAGUCAUACGACGACGACGACGACGACGACGACGAUGACGACCGCGAUGACAAUUCGUCGAAAUGACGACGAAAGAACCGUUCACGUUCUUUCCCUCCUUUCUCAAGGGAAAGAAUGGACGAAUGAUGAUACGUCAAGGUCGCGCAAAUUUGCGAACGAUCAAACCGCGACACCGUUUUGGUCAUUGUACGUACGUACCAGAGAACGAGCGACGAACGAACGAGAACACGAACCAACAAUCGCGAAUAUCUUCGCGGACCGGUUUCGAGAAGAGAUUUCGAGACUACGACUCGAACAUCGACAAGCGAAGAGAGGAGUAUAUGUGUAUAUAUAUAUAUAUAUACCGCGUUCUCUCUUCUGCCUCCUUAGCACCCCUUACUUUUUACUCUUUUUUUUCUGUUUUUUUUUUUUUUUUUUUCGUAAUUUUCACGAACGCAAGAGCGAAGUUCGGUUUCUCUCGCUUCUCCUUCCCACUUUCCUUUUUUUUAUUUUUAUUUUUUUUUUUUUUUUUGCGCACUGGCGGCAGUACACACCUUCGCACACUCUGAUUUCUCUUUUUAUAUCCCGAUUUUGCACUAAAAUUUUUUUUUGUUUUUAGUUUUUAGUUUUUUUUUUUAUAUAUACAUAUAUAUAUAUAUUUUUUUUUUCGUGUUCUCUUCUCUUUCUCUCCCUUUUGCCUUUAUUUGUUCAAAGGAAACAGAAACAGGACUCUCAUCUGACCCUCGCGUCAGCACUUGGGCUGCGGUAUUUUUUUUUUUCGUACCGAAGCGUCAAAGCCGUUCAUCCGCUCGCGUCUGAUGGUUAUCACCUUGAAAAUCAAUCGGCCAUUCGCCGGAGCGCGACUACUUCCUUCGUUAUUUUCGUAUCACCGCGAUCACCGGACUUUGAAGGAACAUUCGGACUAACGACGACACUCACUUUUCUCACCCCGGCAACUCGAAAACUUGCAUUUUCUGGCACAAAUUCUCCACAAAAUCACUUCCGCGUGUGACGUAGUAUCUCAAUAGGGAACGAGGAAAGACGUUGCUUUCCCAACUCAGCAAAA